AUGGCUCCAGCAGAGAUUGCCACCAUUGCGGAGAAGGAAUCCGGUGCUGCCUUUGAGGUGCAGAUCAAGAGCCCUGGUUCCGACAAGUUGAAGACUGCUGCUCGUCUUCGUCUUGAGUCGUACGAGAAGAAGCCAACUACCCAACUGCCGACACUUCUUGGUGCCCGCAAUCCCGCCCCGCUUCUCAAGGAACAGCGUGCUGACAAGGCCCGCCAAGCAAACGAGCAGAAGAAGGAAGCUGCCCAGCGAGUUCGUGAGGAGUUCAAGACCUCGGCAGAAGCAAAGCAGAAGACUUUGGAGCAGCAGCUGGAGAAAGCUGGGGAGAAUCGUGAAGGCACCCUGGCGAGCAUCAAGAAAAAGGCAGCGCAGCACAUCGAAAAGGUGAUCGAGGUCAAGGACACCUCCAAGCAGAGAGGUGAAAUGACAGCGGAGGAGGCACGCGAGCGCUUGCAGCAGGCCCUGCUGAAGAAGUCCGACCUGCGCGGCGAGAAGAUGAAGGAGAUCUCAGCCAAGGCCACCAAACACAACGAGGCUGUGGCAGACAAGGUGCUGCAGCACAAGGAGGCCAUGGAAGGUGCCCUGGAAGAGCUGCGCAAGAAGACCCCCGAUGAGCGCCUAAUGGACAUGAGCCUUCGCCUCUACGAGCGUCACUUUGUUGUCUUUUCUGACUGA